UUCUUCUGCGGAGGAAACAGUGUAGUGUGACGUCGCAUCAUGUCUGGAAGAGGAAAAGGUGCCGGUAAGGUUCGAUCCAAGGCCAAGAGCCGCUCGUCCCGGGCCGGGCUUCAGUUCCCGGUCGGCCGCGUCCACAGGCUGCUCAGGAAGGGGAACUACGCUCAGCGUGUCGGGGCCGGAGCUCCGGUCUACCUGGCGGCGGUGCUGGAGUACCUGACCGCCGAGAUCCUGGAGUUGGCCGGAAACGCCGCCCGCGACAACAAGAAGACCAGAAUCAUCCCCCGACACCUGCAGCUCGCCGUCCGCAACGACGAGGAGCUCAACAAGCUGCUCGGAGGAGUCACCAUCGCUCAGGGCGGCGUGCUGCCCAACAUCCAGGCCGUCCUGCUGCCCAAGAAGACCGAGAAGGCUGCCAAGAAGUGAACACCCCGAACCGAACUGAACCUCCACAAACGGCUCUUUUAAGAGCCACUCACUCCUCUGAAGAGCCCAGGCCUCAAACAUUAAUGGCUCCUGACUCCUCAAACAUUAAUUAACAUUAACAUAAAACACGACUUCGCAUCGUGUUUACACAGCUCAUUCAUUUCUUAACUUUGAAACAAUAAAGCUUUUAAUGCAAAAGAUGUUAAUGUUUUAAGUACACUUGCAUA